UGGGGAGGAGGGGGUACCGCCGAGGCUGAACGGGUUCUUCCCAGUAACAAGCGAUUGAGUGUUCUCGUUUUCCUUCAGAGGUGGUGAAGGAGAAAGGAGGGAGGGAGAGUUGGGACCAGAGGGGGGAGGCCCUGGGGAGGGACAGGGUAUUGCAAAGUGGGGAGGGCGAAGUGUGUGUGGGGGAAUCCCUUCUUUUCCAGUGGCCUUGUCCCGAGCCAAUCUCCCCCUCGGAAGUACAUGCCAUUCCGGGCGCGGGAAGGGGUUAAAGGCCUCCCUUGAGCUCAGAAACAUGCAGGUGUCCCAUGGUGCCAGAUACAGACGCCUAAACUGUUUCCAGCUUUACCACCACCACCCCUUUCCUUUCUUUUGUCUUCUUUCUUUCUUUUUUUUCCCCCUUCUUUCUUUCUUUCUUUUUUCUUUUUUUUUUAUUUUUUUGCAACAAGUCUGUGGGUCGGCAACGGGACAGAGGCAGCGCAGAGCUCGUCGAUCACAAGCAUCGAGUCUGCUCUCUGCAAGUUGCUCGGUGGAGGGAGCACAGGGCAAGAGUCCGGCUGCCGGGGCCUCCUGGGAAGCAGCUUUCUUUACAAAUUAAGGGGUGGGGUGGAGGCGGAUUGCUCCCGAAACCCUUUCAUCUGGACAGUUGAAGGCUGAGCAGCGUAGUCUGACUCCAGGGCAGUGGGAAAGCCUCACUGAGGUUGGGAGGGGCAGGUGUAUCCCAGUCCUUCGGAGAAAAAGAAUUGAAAUCCAGGGUGGGUGCGAGGCCGGCUUUAGCUGGAGGAAAGCUUUUCUUUUCCCCUUUGGAGAAGCCUCUGCGAGGGGACCAUGUGGUCCUGGCGCUUGUGGGUCUGCUGGGGACCUCUAGUUGCCUUGCUGCUCCUGGAGAUGCCACCAGUGGGGCAGGCACUGCCUCCUAUUCGCUAUUCUCACGCUGGGAUCUGCCCCAACGACAUGAACCCCAAUCUCUGGGUUGACGCUCAGAGCACCUGCAAGCGGGAGUGUGAAACGGACCAGGAGUGUGAGACGUAUGAGAAAUGCUGCCCCAAUGUCUGCGGCACCAAGAGCUGCGUGGCUGCUCGGUAUAUGGAUGUCAAGGGCAAGAAGGGCCCUGUGGGGAUGCCCCGAGAAGCGACCUGCGACCACUUCAUGUGCCUGCAGCAGGGCUCUGAGUGUGACAUCUGGGAUGGCCAACCCGUCUGCAAAUGCAAGGACCGAUGUGAGAAGGAGCCCAGUUUCACCUGCGCCUCGGACGGCCUCACGUAUUACAAUCGCUGCUACAUGGAUGCUGAGGCUUGUUCCAAAGGCAUCACGCUCACCGUGGUCACAUGUCGCUACCACCUCACCUGGCCCAAUACCAGCCCUCCACCGCCAGAGACCACGCUGAGCCCCACCACCGCCUCCCCCGAAACUCCCAUGGUGGACGUGGCGGCCCCCGCCCUGCUCAACCACCCUUACCACCAGUCAGUCCGCGUCGGGGAGACCGUGAGCUUCCUCUGUGAUGUGGUCGGCCGCCCUCGGCCGGAAAUCACGUGGGAGAAACAGCUGGAGGAUCGAGAAAACGUGGUCAUGCGGCCCAACCACGUGCGAGGCAACGUGGUGGUCACCAACAUCGCCCAGCUGGUCAUCUACAACGCCCAGCCGCAGGACGCUGGCAUCUAUACCUGCACGGCUAAAAAUGCCGGGGGGCUCCUGCGGGUAGAUUUCCCUCUGAGCGUGGUGCGGGGAGAGGGGUCAGCCUCGGAGCUGGGGCCCAAUGGGACGGCCUUCCCCGUGAAUGAGUGCCUGAAGCCCCCCGACGGGGAGGAUUGUGGGGAAGAGCUGACCCGUUGGCACUACGACGCCCAGGCUAACAACUGCUUCACCUUCACCUUCGGCAACUGCUACCACAACCACAACCACUUCGAGACCUACGAGGCCUGCAUGCUGGCGUGCAUGAGCGGGCCGCUGGCGGUGUGCGGUCUGCCCGCCCUGCAGGGCCCCUGCAAAGCUUAUUCCCCUCGCUGGGCGUACAACGGGCAGACCGGCCAGUGCCAGUCGUUUGUCUACGGAGGCUGCGGGGGCAACGGGAACAACUUUGAGAGCCGGGAGGCUUGCGAAGAAACCUGCCCCUUCCCUCGGGGGAGCCAGCGUUGUCGGGCCUGCAAGGCUCGGCAGAAGCUGGUGACGAGCUUCUGCAGGAGCGACUUCGUCAUCCUGGGCAGGGUCUCGGAGGUGGUGGAGGAAGCAGAUUCGGGACGAGCCCUCGUGACCGUAGAGGAGGUCCUGAAGGAUGAGAAGAUGGGGCUGAAGUUCCUGGGCCAGGAGCCGCUGGAGGUCACCCUUUUACACAUGGACUGGGCCUGCCCCUGCCCCAAUGUAACUGUCAGUGAAGCCCCCCUCAUAAUCAUGGGAGAAGUGGAUGGCGGUAUGGCCGUGCUCCGGCCAGAUAGUUUUGUGGGGCCUUCUAGCGUCAGGCGAGUCAGGAAGCUGCGGGAGGUCCUGCACAAGAAGACUUGUGAGCUCCUUAAAGAAUUCCUUGGUCUUCACUGACCGCCUUCUCUCUGUGUACCCUUCUUCCCUAGUCCUUUUUCAUCCCUUGCCCCCUUCCCUACAUCACCACCGUGAGUAUAAAUACACCUGGCUUAGUUAGGACCCCUCCAUAUACACACUUAGAUCCAAAAGGAAAGCUUCCAAAAGAAUCAAGAGUGAGCCACCAUUUCCCGAAGUUCCUCCUGAGAAGUAAAUCUUUAGUUCCCUUAAUUUUGUUUAGAAAGGCAUUCAGCUUCUCCUCUGGCCUUUCAUCAUCCUGGUGAUUUAAGAACCAGCUUGCUGAUGUAGCCAGUUUUCUCCAGGGGUCUCCUCCAACUUUCCUUAGCAGCCUCUGCCCCUAUUCUAUUACCCCCUAGAUAAGGCAGUCCUGAGUCUCAUUCUGGAUUCUGUAACAU